AUGUCGGUCACUCUACACACCACGCACGGCGAUUUAAAGGUUGAAAUCUUUUGCGAAACCGUCCCUGAAACCGCAGAGAACUUCCUCGCCCUCUGCGCAUGCGGCGCAUACAAUGACACCCCCUUUCACCGGUUCAUGCCGGGCUUCAUGAUCCAAGGCGGCGACAUCUCGCUCAGCCGCGCAGCCACUGCGGCCGACGGCCAUCCUCCCAUCCUCCCAUUCGACGACAUCCCCAAAGGUGGUACAUCGAUAUACCACCCUUCCGCCCUCAACCAAGAGAUACGUACCCCAGCCCUGCGCCAUACUUCUCGUGGUAUGCUUUCGAUGGCCUCGAGACCCGUCAAGGACCGCACGGCGCCUGGCAUGCAAAAUGCCGCGGGCCCUACGGUCAACGGCAGUCAGUUCUUUAUCACCUUCGUACCAGCGCCGCAUCUCGACGGCGAAAGCACCCUGUUUGGUAGGGUGCUGAAUCUUACGGCCCAGGAUGAGAACGGGGAUGUUUUGGGUAGGCUGGAAAACUCAAAGGCAAAAGUGGACAAAAAGGGCCGCGUGAUACAGCCCAAGGAAGGCGAAGAGAUCGAGGGGGAGUGGGAGGCUUUGAAGUUGGUUUCGGUGACGAUUCAUGCCAAUCCUUUUGCAAAAUGA